AUGGGUGUCCCCACGGUCCCAGAGGCCAGCGGCCCGCGCUGGGGGACCCUGCUCCUCGCUCUUUUCCUGGCGGCAUCCAGAGGUUUGGUGGCAGCUUUCAAGGUUGCCACACCGUAUUCUAUGUACGUGUGUCCUGAAGGGCAGAACGUCACCCUGACCUGCAGGAUCCUGGGCCCCGUGUCUAAAGGGCACAACAUGACUUUCUACAAAACGUGGUACCUCAGCUCACGAGGUGAGGUUCAAGUGUGCAAAGAACGUCAGCCCAUCCGCAACUUCACAUUCCAGCACCUUCAUCCGCACCACGGAAGCCACCAGGAAGCCAAAAUCAGCCACGACCAGGCCCAGGCACAUGGGCUAGAGUUAGCUUCUGACCACCAUGGUAACUUCUCAAUCACCAUUCGCAAUGUGACCCUGCAGGACAGCGGCCUCUACUGUUGUCAGGUGAUGGAGAUCAAGCACCACCACGCAGCACAGUGGCUCUAUGGGUACACGGAGCUGCGGGUACAGACAGGCAAAGACUCACCAUCUGCGUGCAUUGCGUACCCAUCUGACGAACAGGACAGUGACAGCAUCACGGCUGCUGCCCUGGCCACGGGCGCCUGCAUCGUGGGAAUCCUCUGCCUCCCACUUAUCCUGCUGCUGGUCUAUAAGCAGAGGCAGGUGGCCUCUCACCGCCGUGCCCAGGAGUUGGUGAGGAUGGACAGCAGCAACACCCAAGGUAUCGAAAACCCAGGCUUUGAGACCACUCCACCCUUCCAGGGGAUGCCUGAAGCAAAGACCAGGCCCCCACUGUCCUAUGUGGCCCAGCGGCAACCUUCGGAGUCAGGACGUUAUCUGCUCUCUGACCCCAGCACACCUCUGACUCCUCCAGGCCCUGGAGAUGUCUUCUUCCCAUCUCUAGAUCCAGUCCCUGACUCCCCUAACUCUGAAGUCAUCUAA